AUUGUAUCGAUAAUUCGGCGGUCACACUAUUUCAACCACGAGAUAAAAUAAAUAAAUAAGAAAUAGGCGGGUUUUUAUCCAAUUAAGACAAGAAUGGAAGGCGCCAAUGUACUCGCGGACGAGCUGAUGCGGCGUCUGAGCGAUGGCGGCACCUUGGAGGAGGUGAUCGACAGUGAGAUGUUUGAGAAGACACACUUUGCGGACGCCGAUGACAUUAUCGUGGUGCACAUGGACAUCAGGGAGCCACUGACGGCACUGAAAAAACUGGUCGAGGACAAAAUUGAUGUGGAACUUAACUACUAUUCGUUUUGGCUGCAGGAUGCCCAAGAACUCGAACCGCACAAGAACCUUGUGGAUCAGUGUGUCAAAGGCGAGGGUCUGGUACAGAUCAACGUUCAAAUCCAAACCAUACAGAAAAGAAUCAACAUUGUGGAUGUCCUAAAGCCCACGGAUGACGCGUUGGCCGAUCAGGGGCCAGAGGAGACCACCUCUACGUCGGCGGCGCAGCUCUCGCCACCCGAUUCAUUGAGCGUCGACGAUUCACCCAGUGACAGUCCCGUGAAAACGGAGAGCUUCAAGCGCAAGAGACCGAAGGAUGACUCUGAGGAGGAGUCUCUGGAGCCUGCCAAUAGUGUGAAGCCUAUUCUCAAUUGGGUGCUGGACAGCAAGUUCAAACGGGAGCAGGCGCGUCUGAAUAUACCCGAGGUGGCCAGCGAAUGGACGACGGCACAAGUGAGCCACUGGCUGGAGUGGGCCGUGAAGCAGUUUGAGCUGAGCGACAUCAGCAUGAGCGACUGGCACAUCAACGGCAAAGAGCUGUGCGCAUUGACACACGAGGAGUUCUCCCAGAAGCUGCCCCAUGAUCCGGGCAAUGUCUUCUGGACACACCUGCAGCUGCUGAAGGAGUGCAACUUUGUGUCCGUCAUUCACAAACAGGCCGAGGAGCUGCGGAAGCCCAAGCAACCCAAGAUCACGAUUCCCGCAAGUGUGGCUGCGGCAGCAACUCUCGAACAGCGGAUUAUGAGAAAGUCCUACCAGAGCGUCAAGAGUACGGAUUCCGACAGUUCUCCUGCUCCACAAAGUCCCACAAAUUACACCGCAGUUGGUUCCGGCAACAAUGGCCAGGUGCAGCUGUGGCAAUUCCUGCUCGAAAUACUCACAGACUGCGAUCACUCUGACAUCAUCGAGUGGGUGGGCACCGAGGGCGAGUUCAAGCUCGUGGAGCCGGAUCGCGUGGCCCGCCUGUGGGGCGAGAAGAAGAACAAGCCUGCCAUGAACUAUGAGAAGCUGUCGCGCGCCCUGCGCUACUACUACGAUGGUGAUAUGAUCUCCAAGGUCUCCGGCAAGCGGUUUGCCUAUAAAUUCGACUGCGAUCUGAAGCUGCUGAUCGGCUACGAUGCCCGCGAAUUGUCGCGGCUGGUGAACGAACGGAAACGAUCAUCCGAGAGCGCACAGGCACUGGAAGCCUUGAGAGAGGAUACAUGACAGGCCGUAGUUGCAGUCAAGAUAGAGCCCGACGACAUACUCUGGAAGUAUGAGGAGCCUUAGCGCUGGCCACAAGUGUCGGCAAAUGGCGGCGCCUGGUGGAUAUUAAUACAAAUUGUUAAACAUUUAAUUUUCUUUAGGCACAUGAAUUUAUUUUCCAUUUUGUAUUCACUAAGCAUUAUAAUCUCUGUCUAUUUAGGCGUAGGCUCUAGCUAUAAGCAUACCAUAGAAACUACAGCUAAAUAUCU